AUUGGAGGAACUGAGCUAGAGCUGUCGUUGGACCAUGCCUGCCAUCCCUUCCAAGGCGGGGACAGCCGCAGCCAGAAUGACAACCAGAGCCACACCAACCGCAGCAGCAACCCCAACGUUAACCGCAACAGCAACGGCAAAGACGGCGGCAAGAGCGGGUACGACGGCAACCUAUUCGAGUGUACCAGGGCCCUGGAUUCGCUUCACAGGGCGUUCGUCAUGUGCAACCACCUGUCGGAGUGCGAUUGGCUGUUCAUCUGCUGCCUGGCUGCUCGCGUCCAGGGAGCGUUGGGGGGCCUUCGCUUUGUGCUCAAGCGCAGCAUAGCGCGUGUGCCGCUGGUGGGGUGGGCGCUGCAGAUGCUGCACUUUGUGUUCAUCGACCGCUGCUGGCGCACGGAUGAGGCGGGCAUGGGCGCCACGCUGCAGCAGCUGAGGGCGUGUACGGGGCUGCAGGACGGGCAGCGGAAGCAGAGGAGUGGCUUCUGGCUCGCGAUCUUCCCUGAAGGCACCGACUUCACGGAGCGGAAGAGAGAUGCGUGUCAGGAGUUCGCACGGGCGAGGGGCCUCCCAGUGCUGCAGCACGUGCUGCUGCCUCGCACACGUGGGACCUACUUGUGUCUGCACUCGCUGCACUCGGCCUUUGAUGCGCUGAUCGAUGUGACAGUUGCAUACGACAAGGGGAAAGGCGGCAUGCAUGACCUGGCCAAGAUGGCCAUAGGGCGAGGCCCAAGAAGAAUAUCCACCACCUCGGGCCACUUGUAG